GUCAAGAUUAAUUGCUACAUCACGACACUUAAUAGUACUUAAAGGGCCAGGCCACACGACUUGCGGGACUUUGCGGCCUUCUUACAUUAGGUAACUGAUGAUAGACGACGAUGGUUGCACUUGUGAAGUAGUAUAUUAGUUGUUGGGAUCUACCACCUCGUACAACGUGGGCGCGAGCAGCGAGCAUCGCUGCCGCGCCCGUAGAUAGCCACCAUGAAGUUCAACCUAGAGGGGCUGACGGUGUACUUUCCCUAUGAGUACAUCUAUCCCGAACAAUAUCGGUAUAUGCUGGAGCUCAAACGCGCUCUGGAUGCACGGGGUCACUGUCUUCUGGAGAUGCCCACCGGUACCGGCAAGACCAUCACGCUGCUCUCCCUCAUCACCAGCUACCAGCUGGCGCACAAGGAGGUGGGCAAGCUCAUCUACUGCACACGAACCGUGCCGGAGAUGGAAAAGGUCCUCGCCGAGCUGGCCGAGCUGAUCGAGUACCGCUCCAAGUACCUGGGCCGGGGUCCGGGCGCCAACGAGAUCCUGGCUCUGGGGCUGUCCAGCCGCAAGAACCUGUGCAUUCACCCGCGGGUGGCGGAGGAGGGCUCCCGAGAGAGUGUGGACGCGGGGUGCCGCCGGCUGACGGCCGCCUGGGUGCGCGAGCGGGCGGCGGAGCGACGCAACGCGGCAGCGGG